UCUAAUAGUGUUUUUGUGCACCCUUUGUUGUCUUGCAGCACAGCAAAGGGAAAUUUGCAUCAUUAAAGAAGCGCAGGUGAUGGAGCAGCAUUUGAAAACACCUGGAGCAUAUGAGCAGAAAAGAGCUGAGAGUGCUCAGAUGAAUUCAUGGAGGGAUCGGGGCACACAGCUUGCGGUCUGGAGUGCUGAAAGGACAUGUUUAUUUAGCUGGCUGUGUGUCGGUCUUGGUGUGAAGAUGAGCAAAUGUACUCCAGCAGUCCUGCUGGUGUUUUUAAACCAAGCUGCCCGUUUUCACUACUCCUCCUCCAUAUUUCCCUUUGCAAACAACUCACCGUGUAGGUCGAGUCAGCAUGUGACAUGCAUGACCAGUCAGUGUGAAAUGUUUUUAUCGAGAAAAAUUUGCGAAUUCUGUUUUACGUCCAUCUUUGUGUCGCAUUUCCAGGCAUAUGAUUACAGGAGCUGCCAGUCAUUCUCCGAGCUACAUAAUGCAACAUUAUUCAUCUGGAACGCCUCAACACAAUAUGUCAGUCAAUGGGCAGGGAGAAGCUUCAGCAAGAGGCACAAGCAUGGAGGGGGACUGUCUGAGCUGUAUCAAGUACCUCAUGUUCAUCUUCAACUUCUUCAUAUUUCUUGGAGGUUCUUUCCUUCUAGGGGUGGGAAUCUGGGUGCUGGUGGAUCCAACUGGUUUUCGGGAGAUUGUGGCCGCCAACUCUCUGCUGUUCACUGGAGUCUAUGCAAUUCUGAUCAUGGGCGGGAUGCUGUUCCUACUGGGAUUUCUGGGCUGCUGUGGAGCCAUUCGUGAAAAUAAAUGCCUUCUAUUGUUUUUCUUCAUGCUCAUUCUGGUCAUAUUCCUGGCAGAGCUGGCGGUGGCCAUUCUGGCAUUUAUUUUCCGGGAGCAUCUCACCAGAGAUUACUUCACCAAGGAGCUGAAAACACACUAUCAAGGCACCAACAGCACCGAUGUCUUCACUUCCACAUGGAACGCCAUUAUGACCACGUUCAAUUGCUGUGGGGUGAACAGCGCUGAAGACUUUGAUGAUCAGAGUCUGUUCAGACGGCUCAACCCUAGCAGAAUAGUGCCGGAGGUCUGUUGCCAGAGAACCGAUCUGAUGAUGAGCAAGGAGGAGUGUCUGAGGGGAAUUAUGCCAAUCCGGAACAAGGGCUGUUACUCGGCAGUGGUGGACUAUUUUGAGACGUACAUCUAUAUGGCUGGAGCACUUGCAAUCGUGGUCCUGACAAUUGAACUGUUUGCCAUGGUGUUUGCUAUGUGUUUGUUUCGGGGAAUCCAGUAAUCUUUACAUGCUGUAUAUAAAGAUAUUCUGAGGAGGAAGAACAUGGUAUGGCACGGAAGACGGUUUUUAAACAAGAAAACACUUAUAUAUUUGCCAUCUCUAUGUAUAUUGUUGUGUUGGAAUAUCUGAGAAUUGCCAAAAAUUUGUCAAUUGUACUUCACAGCUGGGACUCUGAGGUACUCAUUUGUGAAAAACAAAAGCAAAACUCAUUAGUUAAUUAAGAGUUGUAUCUAUGGCAGUCAUUUACGCUCAACAGAGGGACACCUUGCACUGAUAUUUGGUUGAAUAUUUAUAGAUGAGAAAAGACUGAUUUGUACCUCUUAUCUACAGUAGAUUAUUCACCACUGCUCCGGAGCCAUGCUUACGAAAUACACUGUGCAAAUGGAAGAGUGUCUGUGAAACAGAGACGUUUGAUUUAUGUGUGUGUGUUUGUGUUUCUGUAAAAAAAUCUGAGAGGCCAGCAGCUUCUAUAAAGUAAUGUUUUUUUGUGAGUUGCAACCUUGAAUAUUUUGUGAUUUUACCAAAACUGUGCUGUAAUUGUGUUGUAUAUUGUACAUGACAUUGAAUGAUAUUAAAAUAAAAAAGAAAAUCCUGAUUGUGUAUUCAAA